GGCGGUGGCGAAGAGCAGAGAAUUUGUAUAAAUACCAAAAGGUUCUGCGUAUUCAUCAUUAGAGUUUCGGUUUUACUGGUGUGAACAAGCAGCUCAACGGACAAGAUGAAAUUCUUCCUGAUCGCUUUUGCCGUGAUCGCAGCCGUGGCUGCUGAUGUCAGCCACCUGCCCUCCAACGAGUACUUGCCCCCAGUGGUGCAGGAGUCCCAGAUCAUCGCUGCUCCCAGCAACGAAUAUCUGCCUCCCGUCCAGGCUGAGGCAGCACCCGCCCAUGAGCUUGCUGAUGAUGGCUACCGUUACAAGACCCACAAGCGUGUGGUCCUCCGCCGUCACCGUCGUGAUGUCAACGAGCUGCCUUCCAACGAGUACCUGCCCCCAGUCCAGGAGGCCGUUGCUCCUUCCAACGAGUACUUGGCUCCUGCUGUCGAUACCGUCCUGGCUGAUGAUGGCUACCGUUACAAGACCCACAAGCGUGUGGUACUCCGCCGUCACCGUCGUGAUGUGAGCCACCUGCCCUCCAACGAGUACCUGCCUCCCGUUGCCGCUCCUUCCAACGAGUACCUGCCUCCCGCACAGGUUGCCGCCCCUGCUCCCAUCCCAGUCGAGAUUGCUGCUCCCAUCCAGGUUGCCGCUCCAGCCCCAGUUCAGAUUGAGGCUGCCCCAGCCCAUGAGCUCGCCGAUGAUGGUUACCGCUACAAGACCCACCGUCGCGUUGUCUACCGUCGCCACCGUCGUGAUGUCAACGAGCUGCCCUCCAACGAGUACCUGCCCCCAGUCCAGGAGGCUGUUGCUCCUUCCAACGAGUACCUGGCUCCCGCUGUCGAUACCGUCCUGGCUGAUGAUGGCUACCGUUACAAGACCAACAAGCGUGUGGUGAUCCGUCGUCAUCGUCGUGAUGUCAACGAGCUCUCCAACGAGUACCUGCCCCCUGUCCAGGAGGCUGUUGCUCCUUCCAACGAGUACCUGGCUCCCGCUGUCGAUACCGUCCUGGCUGAUGAUGGCUACCGUUACAAGACCAACAAGCGUGUGGUGAUCCGUCGUCAUCGUCGUGAUGUCAACGAGCUCUCCAACGAGUACCUGCCCCCUGUCCAGGAGGCUGUUGCUCCUUCCAACGAGUACUUGGCUCCCGCUGUCGAUACCGUCCUGGCUGAUGAUGGCUACCGUUACAAGACCAACAAGCGUGUGGUGAUCCGUCGUCAUCGUCGUGAUGUCAACGAGCUCUCCAACGAGUACCUGCCCCCUGUCCAGGAGGCCGUUGCUCCUUCCAACGAGUACUUGGCUCCCGCUGUCGACACCGUCCUGGCUGAUGAUGGCUACCGUUACAAGACCAACAAGCGUGUGGUGAUCCGUCGUCAUCGUCGUGAUGUCAACGAGCUCUCCAACGAGUACCUGCCCCCUGUCCAGGAGGCCGUUGCUCCUUCCAACGAGUACCUGGCUCCCGCUGUCGAUACCGUCCUGGCUGAUGAUGGCUACCGUUACAAGACCAACAAGCGUGUGGUGAUCCGUCGUCAUCGUCGUGAUGUCAACGAGCUCUCCAACGAGUACCUGCCCCCUGUCCAGGAGGCCGUCGCUCCCUCCAACGAGUACUUGGCUCCCGUUAACAACGACGUUGAGGCCGCUCCCGCUCACAUCUUGGCCGAUGAUGGCUACCGGUACAAAACCCACAAGCGUGUUGUGAUCCGUCGUCAUUAAACCAUGCGAGAUCUGUUCUACUAAGUGAUCGAGUUGUACUCAUUUUGGAGUGCAAACUUUAUAAUAAGAAUUUUUUUUUGCAUUCCUUUCCUUUUCAUUGAA